AUGGCGGCGGACAACCAACUGAUGGGGCAGUUCGACCUCGUCGGCAUCCCCCCCGCGCCGCGCGGUGUGCCCCAGAUCGAGGUGAUGUUCGACAUCGACGCGAAUGGCAUCUGCCACGUGACGGCCAAGGACAAGGCGACGGGCAAGACCCAGAACAUCACGAUCACCGUGAACGGCGGGCUCACGAAGGAGCAAAUUGAGCAGACGAUCUCUGAUGCCGAGCAGCAUGUGGAGAUUGAUCGUUUAAAGCGAAAACUCGCAGAGGUGCGCAUCAGGUCUGAAUACAAUAUCCUUGUUGCUAUAGACUUCAUAAAAGGACACAAAAAUAUCGACAAAAGUCAUCGUGAUAAAAUACAUGAACUAAUUAUUGAGAUCCGUAAAUUAUUGGAAAACCCUAAUCUCCCCCUUGAAAUCAUAAAGGCAUGGAAUGCUAAGCUUGAGAGGACAUUGAUGGCGUGCAUGCACACUGAAUUACAUUAG